AUGUCCAGAGCACCUCCCCCAGGCGGUUCUGGCAGAAUGCCUUAUGCCGGCGGUUUACCUGGGCAGAACCCUCGAAUGCCUUCCAACCAGGGAGGCCGACCUCCGCCAGGCGGCCAAUAUGGCGCAGAUUCAUUUCAGGGCUAUGGAGCUCCUCAAGGAUAUGGCGACCCUCGCAUGAGCCAAGGGGCUGGUCCUCGAUCGCCUGGAGUGCCGAGAUACUCAGAGAAGGGGUCAGCCGGGCAGCCUGCCCCUCGACCAGUUCAGCUGAGAGUUGAGAAAGUCACUGACAAAAUGUUACAAUCUCGACUCAUCUACAGCAAUAUAUGCGCUGUUGCGCCAGAGGACUUCCCACCCAACCGCGACGGUUCCGAUUUGUACAUUCUUGUGCGAGGUGGUCAGCCAGAGGGAGAAUUUGUUGUCACAGCACGACCAGUUCCCGGGUUUCCUCCAGGAGGCAUCAGUCUGUCUGAUCCCCAACGGUCCUGGUGCAACAUUACUAUUCGAGACACAUUCGUGGGAGAGGUGUUUGAUCCGUUUGCCCAGGGUGGUAGAGCAUACCUGGGUUCCAUCGAUUUGGAAAUAGGCUUCGCGUCUGCCACCAAGAGGACGCCGGUACCGUACGAUGAGGAUGAACUCGCGGCGCAAUUUGCCGACAACUUUGCAAACCAAGUUCUGGCUCCCGGACAGCGCAUUGUGAUGGAUGUUCGCAAUAUUCCACUGCUUAUUAUUGUCAAGACGGUCGGACUCAGUGACCUUGCCAUGUCCUCAGAUGACACUGGCAAGCAGGUUUUCCGGGAUGGGCAAGCAAGAGGCAUCCUCACCAGCCAGACGAGAGUCUUGUUCCACCGGGAUCACAAGGGAGAUUUUCACCUCAAGCCGUCUAUGAGCAAGCCCAACGCCAAUGCGAUUUUGGCCCCUGACUUCAAAUUUGAAGACAUGGGUAUCGGUGGUCUAGGUGACGAGUUCUCUACCAUUUUCCGUCGCGCUUUCGCCUCCCGUGUGUUCCCUCCCGGACUUGUGGCAAGGAUGGGCAUUCCGCACGUCAAGGGAAUGUUGCUUUACGGACCCCCCGGUACUGGCAAGACUCUUAUUGCCCGUCAAAUCGGAAAAAUGCUCAACGCACGGCCUCCAAAGGUCAUCAACGGUCCAGAAGUUUUGAACAAAUACGUGGGUCAGUCUGAAGAGAAUGUUCGUAAACUAUUCGCAGACGCCGAGAAGGAAUACAAGGACAGAGGCGACGAGAGUAGUCUUCAUAUCAUCAUUUUCGAUGAACUCGACGCCGUCUGCAAACAACGUGGCUCUGGAACUGGAGGAGGUACCGGAGUGGGAGACAGCGUUGUGAACCAGCUGCUCUCCAAGCUUGAUGGUGUCGACCAACUCAACAACAUUCUUCUAAUAGGAAUGACCAAUCGAAAGGACAUGAUUGAUGAUGCUCUCAUGCGACCUGGCCGUUUGGAAGUUCACAUUGAAAUCUCUCUCCCUGACGAACAAGGUCGAAACGACAUCUUCAAGAUCCACACUGCCAAAAUGAGGGAAAAUGACAUCCUCGACCCGGACGUCGACCUAGAAGAGCUCGCGGGCAUGACAAAGAACUACUCGGGUGCCGAAAUCAAUGGUGUUGUGAAAGCCGCUGCCUCGUUUGCCUUUUCGCGCCACACUGAAGUUGGUCAAAUGGCUGCCGUUAAACAGGACGUUGCUGGCAUGAAGGUCAACCGCGCCGAUUUCAUGCUGGCGCUAACAGAAGUGAAGCCAGCGUAUGGUGUGUCCGAGGCGGAGCUCGAGGAUGCUGUCAGCAUGGGCAUUAUCCCCUUCAGCCAGUACAUUACGUCGACAAUGGACGAGAUGAUGCGCGUGGUGGGCAUGAUCAAGAACGACCCCAACAAGUUCAGCACCUCUGUGCUCUUCCACGGCCCCAAGGGCUCAGGAAAGACUGCUCUCGCAGCCCAACUUGCUAUGCAAUCAGACUUUCCUUUUGUCAAGUUAGUUACGCCAAUGGAUCUUGUCGGGUAUAGAGAUGACUUUGCCAAGAAGGACUAUGUUCACAAGGCAUUUACGGAUGCUUACAAGUCGCCUGCUUCUAUUCUCAUCCUCGAUGACUUUGAGCGUCUUAUUGGGUGGAAUCCCAUUGGAGCUCGUUACUCCAACGUUAUGCUAGAAGCUCUUACCACACUCAUUGUUUCCAAGCCUCCCAGAAAUCACCGUCUUCUCGUUUUCGUCACCACAUCCAAGGCAUCGGUCCUCAAAAUGCUCGAGAUCGAUACGGACUUCGCAAAGAAGGUGGCCGUCCCUGCAGUCUCCGACGUGCACGAGCUGGCUACAAUCUUACAGGAGUCAAGUAUCUUCAACUCUGGUGAUAUUAACCAGGUUAUUAAUACGGUACAGCAACGCACAGGCUCAGACAAGAUUGGUAUCGGUAUCAAGGCGAUCCAGGAUUGCAUCUUUGAGUCCAAGGCGGCUGAGACAGAGGGCAGUGUGUUGGAGGCAUUCUCGGAUCUGUUGUUGGAGAGGAUUCAAGAGAUGAGUUUUGAAUAG